AUGGCUCCUGCCGUUGCCAGACUCCGCGAACUUCUUGCAGACCAGAAUAAAAUCAUCGUGUGCCCCGGUGUCUUCGAUGGCCUCACAGCUAGAAUCGCCUUGAAUGAAGGUUUCGAUGCUUUGUAUAUGACCGGUGCAGGAACAGCAGCAUCCAAACUUGGCCAGCCGGACUUGGGUAUUCUCACCCUGAAUGAAAUGCGCGAAAAUGCACAAAUGAUUGCUGGUCUGGAUCCAAAAGUUCCACUUAUUGCCGAUGCGGAUACAGGGUUUGGUGGCUCCAUUAUGGUCAAUCGUACAGUUACUGAAUAUAUCCGCGGAGGCGUGGCUGCUCUUCACUUGGAAGACCAAGUUACUAACAAGCGCUGUGGACAUCUGCGUAAUAAGCAGCUCGUUGAGGAAGAAGAGUUUCUCGCACGAAUUCGCGCUGCAGUCAACGCACGCCAGAAAUCAGGUGGCGAUAUCGUCCUAAUUGCGCGUACAGAUGCCUUGGAAACUCUUGGAUAUGAAGAAGCUGUCUCUAGAUUGAAACAUGCAAUUGACCUAGGUGCCGAUGUCGCCUUUCUAGAAGGCGUCACGUCAAAGGAACAAGCGCGACAGGCUUGCCAGGACUUAAGUCCGACACCUGUUCUUUUCAACGCAGUGCCCGGAGGCGUAUCGCCAGACUUGUCAGUCAAGGAGGCUCAGGAACUGGGGUUUAGACUCAUAAUAUUCCCUGGUCUGGCUCUUUCGAGUGUGCAUACUGCAGUCUCUGCGGCUGUGAAGAAGCUGAAGGCGGACGGGGCUCCUCCGGCGUCCGAGGGUAGCCCGAGGGACCUUUUUAAUGUUGUAGGGUUGAAAGAAGCGCUGAUGUUGGAUGUUGCGGCUGGCGGAAAAACGUUUCAAAAAGGUGUUUAG